GGAAUGUUCAAGGGAAGUGAUCAAAGGACUGCUUCCGUGAAAACGGACAUUUCAAGAAGCUUAAAGUAAUUCAUCCUAAGGACAUGCAGUUGCUGAUUACCUGAGCCAGCUCCCCUGAGGCGAGACCAGUGUGGAGCUCGAGGGAUCGUCAGAGGCGAGCCCUGAGCCCGGAAGUCGAGGACGACCUCCUCGAGAUGUCGCGCAAGGAGUGGUCUCGCCCUAUCUCGAAGGAUUCGACGACCACCUGGAAGGGGGCCUAACUUUCGAGCAUGUCCUCCUUGUCGACGGAGACGUUGACACCCACGGUCGUGGAAGAGCUCACGACCAGCCUGAUCCCGACGGUGACCAGGGUGGACGCGCGACUCGAGGUCAGCCCCGUCCUGGUCGUCCUGGCGGUGUCCGUGGUCUUCAUCUUGUCACCCAUCACCAUCAGCGGGAACUCCGUCAUCCUGGCGGCCUUCUAUCGCUACAAGAGACUCAGGACAGCCUCCAACUGCUUGCUGGUCUCUUUAGCUAUCAGCGACUUUGGGGUCGGCGUGUACAUGCCAUUCGGCAUGCACCUGGAGCUCUCGGGACUACCGGAAAACGGCGUGUCCACCCUGUGCAUCGCGCCCUAUUGUAUCGCGAUCGCCCUCUGCAGCGUCAGCGUGCUCGUCAGCGUAGCAAUCGCGGUCGACCGACUGACGUCCCUUGCGCAGCCGCUACGCUACAAGAACAUCAUUACCCACAGCAGCAUCGAGAAGUACAUCGCGGUCUUCUGGAUCUAUGCGAUUGCCGUAGGCUUCUCGCCCCUCAUCUACGCGCAAUUCAUGGGAAUCACGCAGCCUCACAGCGGAAGCUGCCGAUUCGGAACGGCCGUUUCACCACCUAUCAGGGUGUUCCUCGUGGUGGCCGUGUGGGCGCCAAGCGCGCUGGUCCUGCUUGGGUGCUACAUGUACGUCUACCUAGUCGCGCGAGCACACGCACGAGCCAUUUACACGGUGGAGCUCUCCUUCAGGCACGAGACCCAGACCCUGGCCCUUCCGCGUUACGGGCAAACGCUCGCCGUCACGGUCGGAGCCUUCCUCGUCCUCUGGCUUCCCUUCCAGACGUGUAUGCUGUUGGAUAUCUUCUGUGGUACCAAUAUCCUGGACGAGUGGACGGUGGUUUGGCUGGGUCUUCCAAUCCUGGCUCACAGUGGUGCCAACCCUUGGAUCUACGCCUUUCAUCAUGGCGAGAUGAGGAUAGCAGCUGGAAAAAUCGCCGAAGACCUGGUGGCUCUGCUGGGCGUAUCGCCGAGUCGCUAUGGAUGUUCACCAGCGCGAAGAGCGUCUAACACGAACCUGGAGCUGGCCGAGGUGAACAACAGCAACGAAGAUCCCAACCGACGAAGGGACCAGUGUUUCCUGGCCAAACAAAGGAGCAGUUUCUACCCUGGAAAGCGUGGUGGUCUAGAAUUGUCCAGCAGAUAUGCGGACAUCUCUCCAGAAGCGGACUUGAAGAGGAUCUCUUCGGACAGCAGUCAGGGCGACGUGGUCGAAGAAGAUCUCUCCGACCUAAAGAAGAUGCUGGACCCCAAGUACCUGGUGGACCGUAACCACUUGAUCGACUCCAAUCACAACAUCGACAGGAUCAGAAGCUGGAAGUAUUCUAAGUACCUCAACAAGAUCCGCCAUCUGCGCAGGCUGACUGGCAAGAACUUCCCCAAAUUCAUAUCCUACCAGAACCUGAAGUGCGAUGGAGCCUCGAAUAAAAAACUUCUGCACACGAACACCAGGUCGGAGCCGACAUUGAAUGCAGAUAUUCGCGUUCAGGAGACGAAGAAGUUCAACGAGGUGACCUGUCAGGGUCCAGAAUUCAGCCGGAUGGAAAACUCGAACUUGUCCUCCAUGUCGGACCCCAACAUCAAACUACGGACAGGUAGCAGCCCGGACUCGAAUCGCAGAGACUUCUUGGCGACUUAUCGUACACACGACUCGCAUAGAUAUUCGGAGCAGAAUCUGAAUCAGUGUAGGCAGACGGAAUAUCACCGAAACGAAAGGAAGAGGCACAGCAACCUGUACGGUCGACCUCGAAACAGGCUCUUCGGCAGUCGAGAUUCCAAGGGCCACGGUUUGGAACUGAGACUGACGGACGCUGGUCGUGGGUCUUUGCCAGCCCUGGAAGGCAGCAGGUUCAGCUCUCGCAGUAAUUCUUUACAGAGAAGCGCCGUUAAGCAGAUCAACAUCACCUGCAACAAACUUUCGAGACUCUAUCCCCAGCAACAGGCGAUCGAGCCCUCGAUCCAUCUGGAGCCCAGAGUUGACCCCGUCGCGAAGUUGAGGAAGAGUUCAGAAAUCCUAACCCAUUCCGAAUCGAUCGACACCUUCGAGCCGAUCACGAGGGACAAACUGCUGGAGCCCUGCAGGAUUCUGGACACCCUGCUGGUCCCGACGACCCAUUCGGAGCCUCCCAGCCCCAUGGGCCCCAUCCCCCUGGAUUCCCUCAGAGAAGAGGAUUCCAUUUCCAGGAAUGGAGAGGACCCUGCGAAAGCGAUCAAUCUCUUAACCGAAUUUGCCGACUUCGAAUCCACUCGGAAGAGCCCAAAAAGUCCAGUCAGACACUCGGAUCCCAUCAUAGUCCCAUCGGUAUUGCUGGACAUGGCGGAAGACUGUUCCUCGGGUCAAGGCAUCACGAACGGAGUCUUCAAUGGCUGGUCCAACGACUUCUUCGACAUUACCCCCUGCAGAGAGUCUCUCGCCAUAGAUCCGGAGGAAGUCUCCAGGGCGCUGGUUACAGGAUCCGAGAAAUGUAGACUACACGAGGCGUUCUUUGCCGAGCACGAUUCCACCAGGUACAACUCCAGAAGGCCCUCGGACUCCAGGAGGUCUGAGUCCUCUAGGAGCCAGGAAUUCCUUCCUAGUGUCCAGAACGACCAUCAGAGGUUCGCCUCCUCCUACUCGGUGAACAACUUUCGGGACUGCGCCAGCGGGAGCGAUAUGAACGACGUGACUUGUCUGGACCCUUUCAUGUGUCCCGAUACCUUGACCUCGUCUUUAGGGGAGUCCUUCUUCGAGGCCACAUCGGUCCCCGACUCCGACGCCUAUGCAUCCUUUGACGAAUUCGAAGAGCACGCCUUCUCCUCCCAACCGAAAAACCGAGUUCCCACGCCGGUUCGUGGGUCCAUCCAUGGGGUUCAUUCGUCGGUCUCCAUUAUGAACUUGGAAAGGCAUCGAUGCAGACCCGAGGUCGUCUCGAGAGAGGGCCAGAGCAGAUCGACUGAUUCCGUGUUUCGAUUGGGACCGAUGAACGAAUCCUGCGGGAUACCGAUGCUGGAGCCUCCGGUAAACCACUGCAAGCCUUGGGUUCCACCAUGCAAAGAGUACGUCCUUACAGAGUCCAUCAGGAGAAACCUCAGGCUUGCUCCUCUCGCUACCGCCACUCCUACAGAGAUCUGUACUCCCACCUUUGACAUCGUCUCGGAACUCAAAAAUGACGUCGGAGUUGGGGUCAGAGUAUGAAAUCAGACUUUCCCUUCCGUUUACCUGUAACGACAGAUUGAGAUUAACCAUACCCUCUUCUGAAGGUGCACGAUCCUAAUAUUUUCAUUUCUGGUUACACCCCUCUUAUAGAAAUCUGUACUCUCACCUUUGACAUGAUCUAGAAAUUCAAAAACGACGUCGGAAUUGGGAUCAAAAUAUGAAAUAAGAUUUUACCUUCUGACUGCCUUUAACGACAGAUUCGGAUUAACCGUAGGCUCUUUUAAAGGUAAUGCAAUAUUUUUAACCCUUUGCACUCCGCGCCAUCCCAUCUAGAGUUAAAAUAUCCCCUCAGAGGGAACAACGGAGUGCAAGGGGUUCAUUCUAGUUACGUCGUAUCCGUUUGCUCCGCUUCUUCUAUCCUCUACGACGCUCGCAGAGAAAUAAAUAUAUUCCCCGAGUCCCUAAGAGCCAUUCGCGUAAACGGCUUUUUUUUUCGUGAAAUAUGCCGCCGGAUCCGUAGAGAAUUUUAAAGAAAUUUCAUCGCCGAAAGAGCGGUUCUCCCCGUUGAACGACGGGGUCGUUACUCGGUCUUGCUGGUUUCUGCCAAAGAGGAUUAGGGACCGACGUGAUAAAAUGAAAUGGUCCCUUGGUAAUAUGUUCGGCGAGACGCCAAAACGCCCUCGUAAACGAGCGCCUUUAUUUUAUGAAAAAUUUCGUGGCACCCCAUCUCCGAGCAACGGUGGCAAAUUCUCCCCUAAAUCGUCGAUCAGGUCAUCCUAUCGAUGUAUCGAUACACCUGCAUCGACCCAAAACGAGAUAUCCUUGGAAAACGCUAACUGCAUCUGUGGGAUUUUGGAAAUCUUUUUACAGCGUAAUAUUCCUAAGAGUCUUAAUCGACCCGUCGACUCGGGUAGUGCAUUCUUCCACGUCGAUAUUCCUUUAUAAAUUCAAUCCGCGUUAGGUCGUUGGUAGGGUAUCGUCUUGCAAAUCGGUUCCCAUGCAGUCCUGACUUUGGAAAUGGUCCGAUCGAUAACACAUCGGCCUUCGGAUUCUGAAGCAGUCCGAAACGACUUCUCGAGUAAUCUUCCUUGGAUCUCUUAGUAAGUGUUCAAUGGGAGACCUUGAAAAGUCUCAAGGAAUCUUCGAGGUCCUUACGAGGUUUCGACUUCUUCGAGCAACCUCUGAAAAUCCAUGAGACGUCUCGAGAAAAGCCUCAAAUUAGGAAAUUCUCAAAUUGGAAUAUCCAUAUAUCUCCGUCGAGAAAUAAGAUUAGUUGACUGAAACAAAUAUAUAUUGUUCGCAAGAAGGAAUUAUUUUAUUGAGAAGAAAACUCGAUGAUGUUGGUGUUAAACUAAUUGUUGGUAGUUUAAAGUAAUUCCGUGUACUCAAUCUGACAUUUCUUCUGACAUAUUUGAUCGCAGGACUUUGUUGUCGCAAUGCAUAUUUCUUCGAGUCGACUAACUUUUUCUUCUCACCGUAGUUCAAAUAAAUAAAAACGAACGGAAUAAAGUGGAAAACCGAAGAAAAUGGAAACUCGAUUCUUUAGUAGCUUAUCUCCCGUGAUUCCGCUAGAAAGUGAAACUCGUGAAAGAAACAUGAACCGACGUCGGAAGUCGAGAGUUCAAUCGCAUCCUCGAGUUAUUACAGCCCACCCGGAAAAGAUCAAUUUCUCGUUUACUUCUUAGGAUAGGAAUCCGAAUGAAUCGCGAGACUUUUCUCGCAACAAUUUUUCGCUUCCGUAAACCGAUAGUUCCCGAGCCUCGGAUCGUUUCGACUUAAAAUCUCCUACGCACUUCUUCGACCCCACCUGUAUAAUGUCACGAUAUCAAAGAUACCUCCAUCUGAGUGGACGGUCUUCGUCUAAUCACGCCAAAGAGGAAAAGAAAGGGAAAGAUUCGCAAGAAUUUGCCAAAGUAGCGUGUAAAUAGAGUCGACAAAGUAGGCCGUAAAGACGUAUCUUUGCGCGCACUCGCGCGAGUUGGAACUGUGAUAGAACGAGCGUCUCCUUCGAACCGGUGCCGGAACCGUUCCGGCACAGUCAAAGGCUUCGCGAUUAUAACUUCGAUUAACGACCUUAGAAUUAAGCCGCUAGGAUCUAAGAUUAGAUGUAAUUACACCACGUACCAAUUUCUCAGACGCUUAGACAAAUGGCAGCUCGAAGAUACUCGGAGUAUCCAAAGACAAAGAAUUCAAAAGCCCAGAAAAAUACGGACGUUUGAUACUUAGAGUUUUUAAUGGGAUAUAUGGGGUAAUAUAUCCGAGAAUAUAACCGACAAUUAAAUUCUUUGCGAGUGUAUGAGAAUUGAAUUUUUUUUCAGCAGCAUUCAAGUUAAUUUUAAUAAUUUUCACUAUUUGCGAGUAUUAUGCUGCGUGGAAAUUUCGAUUCUACUUCCGAAGAUUUCAGAUGGAUUUCUUUUUGCUUCAACUUGCAAUACCAGAAUUUCUGAACUUCCAAUAAUUGAACAAGUUAAUCGGUUGAUCUAAUCUUCCAACCUCUUGUGCAUCUCGAGAUUAAUGAAAGUGGCAACUCAAACUCCGGAAAUAGGAAAUCGUCGCAAGUAAGGGAUACUGUUUUCGGCUAAAAGUACCUUGACUUCAUGAAUAUUAGUUAUUAAAAGUAAUACAUUAUUUUUAGAAAUUAAUUUAAAUGCAAAUUCUCUUUCUUUUAAGUUCUCCAGGGAUAUUCGAAUUACUGUAAUGAGUUCUCGGUUAUAUUACUCGAACUUGAAUUCUCGAGAACGUAAAAACACUAUAGAUACUCGAUAAAUAGCAUAUGGAAGAUGGCGCUGUAAUCAUCUCUCUACCUCUCCUAAUUUUACGACGAUAUGUAGCGGGUUGCACUCUUUCUUUCUUACCCACAGUAUCCGCCUUGUAUACGCGUCUCUCCUCCUCCCGUAUGUAAGAUACCUUUGACUAACACGUGCAAUCUCUCUCUUAUCUCCUCUCCUGAUUUGUUAGCCAAUUUUUAGAGCAUCAAACUCAAAAAUAGAGUCUGACUUCUAUGGAACUUCUGAAUUCUUUGCCAAAAAAAGAGGUCUUUCGUGCCGAAGCUAUGGCUCCGCUCGAGACCCUGAUUAACCUGCGGAAAAUACGUAGCGUUAUUUCCGCAGCCAUCAACCAAGGAACUCGUUUGACCACGAGAUAUAUAUAUCGAAUAGUGUAAUAACGUAAUGAGAAAAAGACGUAAAUUCGCGAUAGAUGAAGCUGAGUGUACGUCGGUCUUAUUACUUGUACACUGGCGGCUGAAAAGCGCUGGUACGUAGAGUACUUGUGUUCGGUACAAUUCUCCAGGAAACGCGUGCAUCUUGCACUCCCAGAGACUGUAUCUGGCGAUUUGUAUCUGGACGGGUCCAGAGGUAAGUUAGGAAAUUAAAAUUUUAUCCUCCGUGAGAUGUGUUGCCGGAGACGGCUGUAAAAAUUCCGUGCGCUCGAGGGGGUUUAAAAAUUGUAGGAACUCCGAAACUUUAGGACCGCCGGGGUGGCCGUGGCUGUAAACUCGCCGUGGGGAGAAAACAAGGCCCGAAAGACUUCUGGAAUAAUUCAGAGUUGAAAGAGCGGAUUCCCGGGCUUUCUAAUCGGUAGAAUUCUUGCGCGUUUACGCAUAUAUGGUACGUCCUGCGGUGGUUUCCGGAUAAUGCGAGAUUUAGACGAUCCUUGGACCCCGGUGCACUUUUUGUGCAUUGGCGAAUUGCAUCGCGCAGGCCGUGGCUCGUAAACUCGCCGUGGGGAGAAAGCAAGGACCAAAACACUUCUGGAACAAUUAUAAUAAAAGUUGGAACAGCAGAUUUGUGGAAGCUCGUCUCGCCGAACUUUCUAAUAGGUAGAAUUCUCGCGCGUUUGUGCAUGUGUGUUACGUCCUGCAGUGGUUUCCGGAAAAUGUAAGACCUGGACGAUUCUUACAUCUCGAUGCACUUGUGCACUGGCGAACGCGAACGCCUUUCCUACAAACUGCGAUGUGUAAGGAAAGGCAGUGGUGUUCGCUACGGUACAUCUUUUCCAACCGGCCAUUGUGGAUCCUCUAUUGCACGGGGUGGUCUGUACAGAAAUUUUGCAGGGUUUGCAAUUUUGCACUGUUUCCUUGCGAAUGCAUACAAUUAGCUCGUGGUUUGGCUAAUUUGUCGGUCUGAACAAUUUUUCAAGGGAAAUCGUGUAUUCGUGCAGUAGAGGAUUUAAAUCAUAGUUCCAUCAUGGCGCCGAGUUCUCUGGAAGUCCUAAUAUGCCAAUGAAGAUACAGAUCUAGUUUUUAUACGGAAUAAGACGUCCAAUGCGAAGGUGGAAUUAUUUUCGUGCGGUUAAUUUCGCGCGGCAUGAUUCUGCGUCGGUGUAACAUGUAUGGAAAUUGAGUAUCAUGAAAUUACUUCGAUGCGUAACCGUGGUGCGUAGAUUUUUCCCGAAUGAAGAGUCAUUCCCUAUCUUGCACUGGACAUGCUACCUGUACUCGUGUACCUACGUGGUGUCUCACGUUGUAAUUAUUAGUCGCCUUAAAAGGAUGUUGUUUCGUGGAAUAGUCAUACUUGUCCUAGGUGUAGGUGCGUAUUAUUUGUCACGUGCGGUAGAGGGACGAGGAUUUUCGUUUUUCGUCUACGUUCUCUUGGAGACACCGAUACAAACCAUAGUGGACUUCGGUACACGUACAAGUGAUUACGGCAGAGUAUUUUUUUAUCAAGGUACUAAUUUAAAUGACCCAUUUACGCAGGCUGUUAAAGUGUAUUCUCGCCUCGAUCCAAAGAGAUAUGUAGGGUAUAUAUGGAUCUCGAAUUUUUAUUAUUCAGUAAAGAAAUUAAAAAUAUUAACAAAUAGAAAUACAAGGGAAUUAUUUCACGACAAAUGUCCCUUUACUGAUAACGAUGUCGUAGCGCGAUGAGAUGCCGUUGAAGGGAAAACAAAACCGAAUUGUUGCAGGUGCUUUCCUUAAAUGCUCUCGAUCGAUCUUCGAUUCUCCUUGUACAGCUACCUCGUACAUUGUUAAAAUCAAUCGCCGAGAAGAAGGCGUAAUCGUGUCAAUACUCUGUAACUACAAUCACAAGCAUGUUUUUGUAUAUA